GCAAUCAAGGCAGGAGGAUAUUUUUCUAAAAAAUGCAUUAUUGCUUCCAGCGGAAUAGGGAGCAAGGAACGGCAAAGCUCUCUUCUCUGGCUCUGGUAUCAAACUAACAGAAGCAUCCGGUUGGGACAACAUCUUAAAAUCAUCCAAUUUACAUGUAACUAGCUUCCAAAUACCACAAACGGACGCUUUCCAUCAUCCCUGGUUCUCUCUUUUUCCGGAUAUUCUUUUGUCAAGCUGAGAGAAGAAAUCUGGUUUUAAUGGAUAACUUACCAGACCAAUUGGUUUGGGAGAUAAUGAGCAGAGUCAAGAAAACUGUUGAUAGAAACUCUGUUUCAUUAGCAUGUAAGCGUCUCUAUGAAUUGGAUAGAGAACAGAGACAAUCUCUUCGUUUCGGCUGUGGAUUAGAUCCUGCUAAUCAAGCUCUCAGUUCCCUCUGCAAUAGAUUUCCUAACUUGGUUAAAGUAGAAAUAACUUACUCUGGUUGGAUGUCCAAGCUAGGAAAGCAGUUAGAUGACCAUGGGCUUGCGAUUCUUUCUAACAAUUGCCCAUCCCUGAUUGAUCUCUCUUUGAGCUAUUGUACUUUCAUUACUGAUGUUGGUCUUCGCCAUUUGGCUUCUUGCUCCAAGCUUUCAGCUUUGAAGUUAAAUUUCACCCCAAGAAUAACUGGUUGUGGCAUAUUAUCUCUUGUUGUGGGUUGCAAAAAACUCACCAUUCUCCAUCUUAAUCGAUGUCUCAAUGUUACGAGUGUUGAAUGGCUGGAAUAUCUUGGCAAGCUUGAAACACUUGAAGACCUUUCAAUUAAGAAUUGUAGAGUGAUUGGGGAGGGUGACUUAAUUAAGCUAGGAUCAAGCUGGCGAAAACUGAAAAAAUUGCAGUUCGAAGUGGAUGCUAAUUACAGAUAUAUGAAGGUUUAUGAUCGGUUAGCUGUAGAUCGAUGGCAAAAACAAUUGGUCCCAUGUGAGUCUAUGUCGGAACUUAGCCUUGUGAAUUGCAUCAUCAGCCCUGGGAGAGGGCUUGCUUGUGUGUUGGGAAAGUGCAAGAACUUGGAGAAGAUUCAUUUGGACAUGUGUGUUGGUGUGAGAGACUGUGACAUUAUAGGCUUAGCGCAAAAAUCAAGAAAUCUACUGUCCAUUUCCCUCCGAGUCCCUUCUGAUUUCUCCUUGCCUCUUCUGCUGAACAACCCUUUGAGAUUAACAGAUGAAAGUCUUAAAGCAGUAGCUGAAAACUGUCCAAUGCUCGAAUCCGUCCGGAUAUCUUUCUCCGAUGGGGAGUUUCCUUCCUUUUCAUCCUUUACUUUAAAUGGAAUCCUUGCUUUGAUUCAGAUGUGCCCUAUUCGGGAACUCGCUCUCGACCAUGUCUAUUCCUUCAAUGACGCCGGGAUGGAAGCUCUUUGUUCAGCUCAGUAUCUGGAAACUUUGGAGCUUGUCAGAUGCCAAGAAAUCAGCGAUGAGGGGCUGCAGCUUGUAAGCCAGUUUCCUCGCUUGUGCAUAUUACGAUUAAGAAAGUGUUUGGGAGUUACAGAUGAUGGCUUAAAGCCUCUUGUUGAGUCAUACAAAUUGGAAAUCUUGACUGUGGAAGAUUGUCCGCAAAUUUCUGAAAGAGGUGUUCAAGGGGCUGCAAGAUCUGUCUCAUUCCGGCAAGACUUAUCAUGGAUGUAUUGAACUUGGUAGCUCUAAUGGUUCGCUCUGCAUCUGUUGCUUUGUUAAUCUUCUUACUUGGAUAGCUGGAUUUUUUCUUUUUUCCUGAUAGUAAGUAUGGUGCUGUAAUUGAUCACCAAUUUGUUUUAUUAAAAUAAAUUUUGUUGUGGAUUCAUUCA